CCGCUGCGCAUCGGACCCAAACGGCUCUGUAAAACCGGAAAAUGACGCAUUUUGUGUUUUGGUUUCUGUUCGUGCUUCUCCAAACCAACCCUGCACGUGCCUGGGUGGCCAGUAACUUUCUCAUGACAGGAUCAAAGGCUUUUCUCACCUAUGCCAGGAGCGUGCAGGUCGGUACGCAGACAGGGAUAGAGGAGUGCAAACACCAGUUUGCGUGGGACAGAUGGAACUGCCCAGACAGCGCAACUCAGCUUAGAGGACUGAGACGAGCCACCAGAGAGACGUCUUUUGUCCACGCCAUCAGCGCAGCAGGAGUCAUGUAUACCCUGACCAGAAACUGCAGCCUGGGCGACCUUGAAAACUGCGGCUGUGACGUGUCAAACAAUGGGAAAAUCGGGGGGCGGGGCUGGCUGUGGGGUGGCUGCAGUGACAAUGUGGAUUUUGGAGAGAGGAUCUCCAAACAGUACGUGGACGCGCAGGAGACCGGGCAGGACUCCCGGGCUGCUGUCAACCUGCACAACAACGCAGCAGGACGGCAGGCUGUGAAGGCCACCAUGAAGCGCAUCUGCAGGUGCCAUGGCAUGUCCGAAAGUUGCAGUGUCCAAACAUGCUGGACGCAGCUGUCAGACUUCAGAGAAAUCGGCAACUAUUUAAAGACCAAAUACAAUCAGGCUCAAAAGCUGGAUGUAGACAAAAAGCAUGUCAAGGCCGGGAACAGCGCGGACAGCCGAGGAGCUGUGGUGGAUGCGUUCAGCACCACUGCCGAAACCGAGCUCAUCUACCUGGAGGACUCCCCGGACUACUGCAGGAGGAACAGCAGCCUCGGACUCCUCGGCACGGAGGGCCGGGAGUGUCUGCAGCAAGGGCACGGGCUGAGCCAAGGGGAGAGGAGGAGCUGCCGCAGGCUGUGCCAUGAGUGCGGCCUGAGGGUGGAGGAGAGGCGCACGGAGACGGUGAGCAGCUGCAACUGCAGGUUCCACUGGUGCUGCAAGGUGAAGUGCGAGGACUGCUCUCAGGUUCUAGUGAAACAUGGGUGUGCCAGGAGGGAAGACGGACCCUGGUUCAGGCGGAGGCUGCAACAAGGACCCAAAUGAAAACUGUUGCUCUUCUCGUUAUUGUAUAACACAUGAAUGUAUAUUUAUAAAAAUAAGUUCUUUUAAUUAACAAAUGAUGCACUGAAACUGCAGUGGAGUAAUUAAUUAGAAGAAAUGUAAUAAUUUGGCCUCCAAGUUAGAAUAAGAAGGAGCUGAAAGCCCUCACAGGGGAUUACAUGGCCGGUGGGGGCAGAUCAUCCGGCCUGAUCCUCUUUGAUCUCGGUGUGUAUUUGACCUUAUUCAAAGGGAAAACAAUAUUACAAGUUUGUCCUAACUGCAGUUAUGAACUUCCUUCAGCAUCAAAUACUUUAAAGAAGGUGUCAGAUGCAUGACCAGGAAGCAAAAGCGAGAAAAAAAGUGAUUCUCACAGUUUAUAAAACAAGUUCCAUUCAAAAUAAAUGAGGAGACUCUUAUCUGCUCCCACUGGCCUGAAAGAGUCAUUUACUUCCUUCUCUACCCCCUGUAACUACAGAAAUCUUCCUCUCAGCUGGACGUGUCAUA